AAUGAAGAUCUGGAUCUGUUACCAAAACAGUCUCUCUUUAUUCAGAGAUCUGAAGAAGAAGAAGAAACAUAGUUUCAAGUCAUCAAGUGUUUUAGUCUCUCUGUUAAUAUGUCUUCAACAACAACAACAGAUUCUACAGAAUUGCAAAAUCUGAUCAAACUGUUUCAAAAUUACAAAACUCACCUUCGUCAACAUUUUCCUCCAAAAUCUUCAGCUGUCUUAGUUUGUCUAUACCAAGAACAAAGAGAAGAAAACAACGAGCUACGCGUAAUCUUAACCAAACGCUCCUCUACUCUCUCUUCUCAUCCUGGGGAAGUAGCAUUGCCUGGAGGAAAAAGAGACGCGGAAGAUAAAGAUGAUAUAGCUACCGCGUUGAGAGAAGCUCGUGAAGAAAUCGGUUUAGAUCCUUCUCUUGUUACAGUCAUUUCUGUUCUUGAACCAUUUGUUAACAAGAAGGGAAUGUCUGUUGUACCAGUUAUCGGUUUUUUACUCGAUAAGAAAGCGUUUAAACCGUUACCAAAUCCAGCUGAAGUGGAAGAAAUCUUCGAUGUUCCGUUGGAGAUGUUCCUCAAGGACAAGAACAGGCGGGCAGAGGAACGAGAGCAUGAAGGAGAGAGAUAUCUUCUUCAAUACUUCGAUUACUAUUCCGAAGAUAAAGAGAGAAACUUUAUCAUAUGGGCACUCACUGCUGGUAUUCUGAUCAGAGUUGCCUCCAUUGUUUAUCAGAGAUUACCGGAGUUUCAAGAACGUAAGCCAAGAUUCUGGAAUCAGCCCAGUUGAUUCUUAACUUGAUCUGAUUGAAAAAUGAAACUUUCAUGUAUAAUAAGCGAUACAAAUCGUAUCUUCUUAGUGUGUAUCACUAAAAGCAUAUGUUAAAU